AUGUUUCUCAAACGAAUUGUGGUGGUUGGCGCAUCGAUUGCACUGACCGCAUUUCCUGUGCGUUGGGCUACUGCUCAACCGGCGGCACAGGCAGUGUCUCUGUCGGCCGAACAGGCGCGCGCACUGGGUGUGCGCUUUAGCUCGGUCGCAGCUUCUGGGGGCUUGGAAGUCGGCACCCACGCACGUGUCGUGUUCAAGCCGGAUGCGCAAUAUGUGGUGGCGGCUCCGUACGCGGGCGUGGUGCCUCGCGCGCUGGUGUCACUGGGGCAGACCGUCCGCCCGAGUCAACCGCUGGCGAGUUUCCUGAGCCCGCAGCUCUUUGAAGCGAGCCGCGCGCUCACGGAGGCCAACUCGCAGGCGCGUUUGGCGCAGCAAUCGCUCGCCCGCGAUAAGGCGCUCUUUGAUGACGGCAUCAUCGCCGGAAGCCGCUGGCAGGCAACGCAGGCGCGGGCCGCUGAGGCCAACGCCAUGGCCAUGGCGCGCCGGGCCGAACUGGCUUCCGCAGGUAUCGCAUUCGCUGGCGCGGGCGGCGAAGCGCAACUGAUCGCGAAUCAUGGCGGCGUGGUGUCGGAGGUCAACGCUGUUCCGGGGGCGCGAGUUGAAGCGGCCGCGCCGCUUUUCCGGAUCGUUGACCCGGCUGCGCUGGAGCUGGACCUGCUGGUUGGCCGCGAUGUGCCUGUGCCAACCAUAGGCGACCGCAUCGAGAUCGUGGCGCGUGGUGCAAGCGGUACGGUCAUUGGCGUUGCGCCUUCGGGUGACGGUACGGCAGGG